UACGCACCAGAACCGAACCAAGUGAGUGCCAGCAUCCUAAUAGGACCUAGGGGGAGACAACCUAAGGGGAUUUUGAAGCACUGAGAGGAUAUCCCACUUCAUAGUGAUGAAACUUUAAGAGAUUUUACUUUUUUAUACAGUGAAUGCUUCCGAAGGCUCCUGUUAUUUUGGGAUAUUAUUGCGCGCGGCGGAUGCGAACAUUCAUUUACAACCAGGAACCGGACUUCACCGAAUACAAUGGCUCAUGUACAGCUGAGAUAUCUCUUGGUUUUGGCCUUAGUGCACAUGGUUUGGUCCUCGGGUGUCUUCGAGUUGAAGAUCCACUCCUUCCACACGGCGCAGCGCAUUUGCAGAAGACACAGAGACUGUCACAUCUUCUUCAGAAUCUGCCUGAAACACCCGGAGGAUGUGAUCUCAGCCGAGCCGCCCUGCACCUUCGGAACCGGCCACACGAACGUCAUUCGGGCGGAUCACACGUCGAUCUCCAGCAGCGCUCCCAUCAGGGUCCCUUUCCACUUCAAAUGGCCGGGGACUUUUUCAUUGAUCAUUGAAGCCUGGAACGCAGAAUCACCCACAGAGUACACAGACAACCAAAACAACCUUGUGAGCCGUCUGGCGACCAGGAGGAGGCUUGCCAUCGGUGAAGACUGGUCCCAGGACGUGCACUUCGGCGAGCAGAGCGAGCUGCGCUACUCCUACCACGUCUACUGCGACGAGUACUACUUCGGGGACGGCUGCGCAGACUACUGCAGGCCGAGGGAUGACACGCUGGGCCACUACACCUGUGAUGAGGAGGGCAACCGCAUCUGCCUGGAGGGAUGGAAGGGAAACUACUGCUCUGAGCCCAUCUGCUCGGCGGACUGCAGCGAGAAGCACGGCUACUGCGAGGCCCCAGGGGGGUGUACAUGCCGCAUGGGCUGGCAGGGCCCCUCCUGCAACGAAUGCGUACGCUACCCAGGCUGUCUCCAUGGGACGUGCAGCCAGCCGUGGCAGUGUAACUGUCAGGAGGGUUGGGGGGGCCUUUUCUGUGACCAGGACCUCAACUACUGCACCAACCACAAGCCAUGCGCCAAUGGGGCAACCUGCACCAACACUGGCCAGGGCAGCUACACCUGUACAUGUCGGCCUGGCUUUGGAGGCACAAACUGUGAGCUGGAAACCAACGAGUGUGACAGCAACCCCUGCAAGAAUGGAGGCAGCUGCAACGACCUGGAGAACGACUACUCCUGCACCUGUCCACAGGGAUUCUAUGGUAAGAACUGUGAGAUCAUUGCCAUGACCUGUGCAGAUGGUCCCUGUUUUAAUGGCGGAACCUGCGUGGAGACAAUGACUGGAGGCUACACGUGCCGCUGCCCUCCCAGCUACACAGGCUCCAACUGUGAGAAGAAGCUGGACCGCUGCAGCAACAGGCCUUGUCUGAAUGGUGGUGACUGUCUGGACCUUGGCCAGAGUAUCUUGUGCCGUUGCCAGCCAGGUUUUACCGGUGCCAACUGCCAGGUCAACAUCGAUGACUGUACCUCAAAUCCUUGUCAAAAUGCUGGAACCUGCCAGGAUGGUGUGAAUGACUACACCUGUUCCUGUACCUUGGGGUACACUGGCAAGAACUGCAGUGUGCGCUCAGAUGCCUGUGGGGCCCGUCCUUGCCAAAAUGGUGGCACUUGCUUCACCCACUUCACUGGCCCUGUGUGCCAGUGUCCAAAGGGCUUCAUGGGUCCAAGUUGUGAGUUCACACUUCAACCCAGUUUCAAACCCGCUUUGCGGCAAGCCUCACAGACCUCCUCCACCACCACUGUCACCAUCUCCUGCUUCCUGGCGGUUCUGGUGCUGGUUCUGGUUGCAGGGAUCCUUUUCCUGAGACAGAGAAGAAGGAGGAUGGAAGGACGGAAGCAGCUAAGUGACAUUGCAGUUUACAAUGACUUGGAGACCAUCAACAACCUGGGAGGCAGCGAGAGAGAUGCUUUUCUCAGUCCUAAUGGCCUCUUCAAGAUCAGCAACAGCGAAGCUCGGCUCAGCCUUACCCUCUGCCCCGAUGGCAGACCUGGCUACAGGCACAACCCAGUGGAGCGUCAGGACUUCAUGUGGAGGGACGAGGCCAUGUUGGGCUCUGCUCCUGGGUUGAGAUGAAACUUGGACAAAACAAAAAUGUUGAAACAGGGGAAAAACAUUUUAGCACUUGUUGCUUUUCUCUCUUUUUGAAGAGAGGAGCAAAAGCAUAAACAGAUAGAAAUGUCAAUAUAAAAAGUAAAGUUCUUGUACACAUGAACUGAUGAUAAUUUACAAGAUUUUUGAAACUUUUAUGGGGCCGUGUUCUUUAAUGUUUAAGACCCAAAGAGAAAAUCAUGUAACCCGCCACUGACAGGACCUACUACACAAACCAAAUUCAGGAUGAAGCAAUAUAUUUUCAACACAUUCACUUUUCCUUUUUUUUUUUUUUUUAAGUUUUGUUUUGCUUUUCAAUCUUCCUUUGACCAUUUUUUCCUUGUUGUGCGCACCAUCAUUUUUUUAUUCUUUAUAUUUAUUUAUUUGAUAAAUUUGUGUUAAUGGCUUCACUUUGAUUGUCACAGAUGAAGAGAUAUAUUUAUAUGAUGCUGAUUGCAGACUGACGUUUGAUGUUGCAUGUGGAUAUGUGAAAUAUCCCAAAGAUAAAUGUGUGGGGAUAUAAGGAGCCACUUCUCCGAAUGAUAUAUACACUAUAAUAUGUUACUGAUCAUGUGCCAUUUUAAGUUCAUGCCAAAGUUUGUGUUCUGUUACAUAUUUCCGUUCAUGUUAUUUAAGUUCAUGUUGUGUGUGAUGUGGAAUAAAAGAUUUGCUAUAAAGCG